CAGUUACAAACCUCCGUUUUCAUAAUCCUUCCCGAAACAAAGUAUUAUACCCUCCCUCAGUCCACUACCUCCCUCGAGCUCUUUCCACCACCACCACCACGAAGCCGCCGUGCCACCGACGCGCGCCCCUGCCAAAUGCUCGAAAGGCGAAAAAAUUAAAUUCCGUAAAAUCAAAUGUCUUCUCACGAACAAGCCCUAGCCUCUUUAGUCUCCCAGCUUGCCCUCUCCUUCGACGGAGCAAUUCUCGGCGUCGCACUCGCAUACGCCGCUGUACGUUCCUUUCUAAAGUUCACGUCAAAUUCUAAAGCCCUCCGCAAAAUUCGCAGUGCCCCUACCGUCAAAGUCUCUGAUCUCCGCUCCAUCCUCGAUCUUUCCCAGCGGGCUGAUGAAAACCAAAACCAAAACAAUCAGAAGCUCGUGAUUGUUCAGGGGCAGGUGGAGGCGAAAUCCAACGUUGAUAGUAACUGGAAGAGCUAUAGGCCUAAUGUUUUGAUCGCUCAUGAAUCUGGUGAUAAGGCCGUUAUUGUGCAGAGAACUCAAACUUGUUUAUACAAUGAAUGGAAGGGCUUCUUUGGGUGGACUUCUGAUCUUCGAGCAAUCUUUGGUAGAUCUUGGAGGGAACAAGAAUCAACCUCGUUGCGAACGGUCCCUUUUGUUCUUGUUGAAAGUGGUCGAUGGCAACAUUCAAAUUAUGUUAUUGUGAAUAUGGAUGGUUCAAGACAUCCUCUGCCUCUUACGACAGUGUAUCAUCAAUUGCAACCCAUUGAUGCUUCUCCAUAUACAUUCCUUCAGGCACUUUUUGGUCAUGAAUACCCAGUUGGUCUGCUUGAUGAGGAGAAAAUCCUCCCAUUAGGGAAGGAGAUAAACAUUGUGGGCAUUGUCAGCUUUAAAAAUGGAAUUUCUGAGAUAAAAUCUUGCAAGGAUCUCCCAUAUUUUCUGUCAGAUAUGACUAAAGAUCAGAUGGUAGUAGAUCUUGCCUUCAAGACAAAAGUUCUGUUGUGGAGUGGUAUUGUUCUUGGUUCGCUGUCAAUUGGUAUUCUUGGCUAUGCUGUUGUGAGGAACUGGAAUAAAUGGAAAGAGUGGAGGCAACAGAGACAGUCUCAGCAACAAAGCCAUGCUCUUAGUGAUGGGGAUGCCCCUCAGAUUGAUGCAGAUGUGGAGACAGGAGAUGUACCGGAUGGACAAUUAUGUGUGAUUUGCUUGAUGAGGAGAAGACGAUCUGCAUUCGUUCCAUGCGGGCAUCUUGUUUGUUGCCAACUCUGUGCGAUAUCAGUUGAACGGGAGAUAUCACCAAAGUGUCCUCUCUGUCGGCAGGCAAUCCGGAGUUCUAUGAGGAUAUUUGAUUGUUGAGGAACCAAUAAUAACUUUAUUAGAGGACAGUGUUGGACAGAUAUCUCGAAGAAGAACCAAAAUUAUAUUUGUAUAUAGAUGUAGGAAUUUUACAGAUUACUGAUUGAUAAUCACUAAUUAUGCAGGUUGAUGUUGCUUAUUAGAAUUUCCAUUCUCUCG